AUGACUCCGGAGCACGAGCUGGAGAGUGAAGAUGAUGAUGCGGCGCCGGAGGAGGUCACCUUCCAAAGCGCUAAAAGCCGGGCGGAGGAGAGCGCCCGCCUGAGAAGGGAGGUGGCCAGCAGAGAGAAGGCCCUCUUAAAAGAGAAGAGGAAACGCAAACAAGAGCUUUUCAGUGAGCAAAAGAAAAAUAAGCUGCUUUCAGACGACAUCCUUCAAACGGUCACUGCACUUUCAGAGAAACAAGGUGAACCCUCUGAACCUACUGAUGAGACAAAGGGAAAAGGCAAUGCAGAGAAGAAACACAGUGGCAAACACAAACAUGCUAAGAAGUUACGUCCUAGAAAAAGGCUCCAAAACAAAUAUGCUGUUGUGCACCUGAAUGAUCAAAAUACAGUAGAUUUACAGCAACAAAAGGCAAAACAGUUCCUCCAGAACAUAUUGUAUGGAAAAAACAAAAACAGGACCACAGCAAAUGAAUUUUUUUCCAUUUCAAGAAAAAAGGGAGCAAACAAAAUGCCAGCAGUUCAGUUUACAGUCAACUCCUGGGGAAAAGAGGAGAAAAAGAAAGCAGCGAAGUUCAACCUUCAGUGGAGGAAUAGAAAGAAACUCUGA